GUAUUUCUAUUUUAUCUCCCACUGUUUGGCUAGUUCAAGUUUCUAGUAUGAUUGAGUCAUGAUCUACUCAAAAGAAAAGAAAGAUUACGACAAGUAGGCGAUAUUGAGAUGACUAUGGUUUAGUAUAAAUUAAUAGACCUGAGGGCUCACUAUGGUCUCCACUCUCAUCUGGAUUCUGAAAGCGCCUCCGGUCAGGAAUCUGUAACUGAACUGUCAGCAUGCUGAACUACCCGUAUUCACUUCAAGGAGAUUUUGAAGCAUUCCUAAAUGCUUCACAUGAAACAAGCAUAAGCGUGACUUCGACUCUCGCCUUUUGACAACUCAAGUACUUAAGACGGUUUCCCGUUAUACCUCCCUCAUAGAUCUAUCGAACAUACCUCCUUCACGACCACAUCUCAAAUACUGGUGAGAUGUCAUCGCCUCGAACUCCAUCAAAGGGAACAGUUCGGGAUCUCAAUCUCAGUUCUAUGUCCAAUCGAGGCACCUCAUCCCCAAGCUCGCCAUUGGCACCUAACAAUCGCACAAACCGUGUUUCAAAGCACAAUGGCAAACACAAGUCGAUCCCUAAUCAGGCACAUCAAGAUUCAGGAUCUUCAACACGUACGGAUAACAUACUGACUCCAAUUGUCAAUCUCAUCAUCACGGGAACCUCUGGAGAAACGAGAGUGUUUCAGGCUCACGCUGGUCAACUCUGUGAAAAGUCUCCCACUCUCCAUAACCUACUCGCCGCAGCUGCGGACUCGGGCGUCAGCGACCUCAAAUACUACGCCAACCCAGUCUUAUUCGCGAUUUGGAUCGCAUGGUCAUACCAUGGGACCUUGAAGUAUACCCCGUCAUCUCCAUCGGCUGAUAGCGCCUUCGGCCUCCUAUUAGACCUGUACCUACUCGGAUGGAAGCUCAAAGUCAAGGAUUUCAUGGAUAAAGUCGUUGAGGAAAUCUGCGCCUACAGCGCCCGCUCUAAUACGUGCCCAAUGCGAACAUUGUCAAUCGAAUCUACAAGGAGACUCCGACUAGUCUGCCUCUCAGGAAGCUUGUGGUCGAGCAGUGGGUUGUGGGUCUGGCACACACAGAUAUGGAUUGGGAGAGCGACAGCAGCCUGCCACCGAGGUUUCUCUAUGACUGUAUGACGCGGCUCAUAGCCCUACGCAAAAGUGGCAUUCAGAGUCCAGACGGUUACCCAUAUGAGUACCAUGUCCCUCAGAGUGAAUUACUACCUGGCAGCAUCAAUGCUGGUCCACGUAUGGUAAUCGACUUAACCGAGUAGGGUGUAGAAAUUUCUUUGGCAGGUCGUUUCGAAGAUGUGGAAAUCAUUACUUAAGCGUCCAGCGAAAGCACGAAGAGCACAAU